UCUGUCACGCUCAGCUUGCCCCUGAAGUUAUGAAAGCGUAAUGACAAGCUGCACACAGGUUCACAUCUUUCAAGGAGAUUAUAUGUCUUUCAGUACUAACGUUGACUAGGUAGUUGAACUUUACCAGGAAGUGCGCUGAAAUAAAAGUUUGCUGUUUUCUGGAUUAAAAAAAGAAGUUCAUCUGUAGUUCGGUGAAUGUAAAUAUUUGUCUUGCAGUGGCUAAGGCUUAGCAUUUAGCUAACGUGACAUUACAUCGAGGUGUUCUGGAAAAGCUCUCAGAUGACACACCUUUAUCUUUGGUAAGUGUCCACAGGCAAGUCGGUCGUCACAAUGACAAAUCAAGACGGAGAGGGAUGGGGAGGCAUUAAUCUUUCACCUCACCUGCACACAGAUGAGUGCAAUGAGCUCAUCGGCCUCCUGAGACAGUGCCACAAAGAGCACAAUGUCAUGAAGUUCUUUGGCACAUGCAACGACAUGGACCGUGCCAUGCGUCAUUGUCUGAAGAAAGAGCGACUGGAAAAACGGGAGCGCAGCAAGAAACAUGCAGAAGAGAUGAGGAAGAGGAUAAAGGAAGGACCCAAGGAGGAGUUUUAAAGGAAGCUGUCAGCUUUGCAUGUGUAUUGCGCUCACAUAUUGGGAUGGAAAACCAAAGCUGAGAUUGCUGAAAAGACUCCCUUGACUAUUUUUCUGUCAGUACAGGAGAACAGUUAUGACAGCGUUUCUAAAUUUGUAGUGUGGUUUAUGUUAUUUACAGCUGAUUGCGACCCCAUCUGAUGCAAAACUGCGUGAAUAUACCGUCGGUUUGGUUGGUGCAAAUAUUGAGAUCUGCUCUAAGGGAUGCAGUGUUACCAAAACAUGCCGUUCAAUUGGAGAGAAAAAAAGAAGAGAAUAAUCAUUUAGCCUUUUAAAUUUACAGCAUCUUUGAGUCUCGUCUCUAAUUUUCCCCUUUACGUUAAAAUUCCCUCCCCGCCUUUUUUACGUCAGGGGAGUGAUGGCUUCAGUGAUCGUGCUAACAGCAUCCUUCGGGAAUCUUGUUCUGCACCUGCUGACAAAGAUAUUUGUUGUUUGAAAGUUUGUUAAAUGGGGAAUCAUAUUGAUUCUGGUAUUUUUUGUUUUUAAAUAAAAUAAAAAAAUAAAACUCAAA